GAAGAGGAAAUAUUUGAGUUCACACUAGUUUGGAUUACAGCGUGAUUUCACUUUAUUCGCUCUUAAGAUUCCAAGGAAACAGUUACAUUUUGGAGCAUUGGCGAGUGAAGUUUGUCUGCUCUUAUUUAAAGUCUAGUGUUUGCCCACAACUUUGACAGAAGAUAAGAGUGUGUUGUUUCCGCCCGGUAGAGCACCAAGCGUAGGACCCCCAAGAUAUUUUUGAUCUGGCCUUUUUGCACUGCAGCCCCAUAUGAGAUAUUAAAUCUAUAUGCAUAAUGGAAGAAUUCCGUCCACCUUCACUUUUAGAUUUUACUUCAGUGUUUAGAGGGGAAUCUCUUGAGGAAGAGGAGGUGCUGGCUGAAGAAAAAUUCCCUGCCCAAGAUGACAACAACGACAGUUUAACAUUCGGUUCUAACAACGAAGAGAAAACUAAGGACGACAACCUAAGAUCUCUUAAAAACAGCCGUCUUGAGGGGACAAGUCAACAGACAGAGCCAAAUGAGGAUGAGAAGGAUUUUGAUCAACGUGAAAGUGAAGCGAAACAGUUUAAUGAGAUAAAAGAGGUACCUAGUUCCCUUGAUGACAGCCGGACAAUUGGAUCAUUUAUCCAGCGAGGUUUCAACUACUUACAAACAGCAUUUGGCUUAAGAAAAGGAACGGAUGAAAAAGAGGAAGUCAAGACUAAGAGCCCACCUUGUAGUGUGGUUGUCUCUUCCAAAAACGAAGUGGUUACUGAUACAAGUUCUUCUAAGAUACUAACCCGGCUCGAAAGUGACAGUCUUGAAGGAAGAUACUGUAAGAAGCUUGAAAGAAGAUUAGCUUACCUUGAAAACUUGAUACCUCAGUGCCACUCACGUCACGAGGAAGAUGCAAUCUUCAAGCAAAAGUUGCAGAAGAAGAUAGACCAACUUGAAUCGCAACUAGAGGAAGAUAAAAUAUUCAAGCAAAAAUUGCAGAAGAAGAUGAACCAGCUUGAAUCACAACUACAAGAAAGCGAUGAUUACAGAGAGAAUGAUCAGAAGACCCUUAAGCAAGCUGCAGAAAUGGCCCAACCUCGGAAGAAGACGGAAAAGGAAUCAGUGACUCAGUGCCAUUCACAGUGGAAAGGCAUGGGUGAAAUGGAGGCGGUGGACCAAGACCAUUUGCAGGGCCAUGCGCGGUUGAAAGAAGUAGAUCGCGGUGGCGAGAAAACGGAGAAGAAGGAGGCCAAGGACCGGGAUUCACAUUUGAAAGACUCGUGUUGUAGCAAAGAGAAGAUGGAGGUGAGGAUUGCCGAGCUCCAAUCGCAGCUGAUAAAAGAAAUGCAUCUUCAAAAAGAGAACACGGAGAAAGAGAUACAGAACGCAAAGGAAAAAACUGAUGAACGUUUAAAGAGGAAGGUGGCCGAGUACAUCUUGGAUGAGCUGAAUUAUCGUGAAGAGAAGAAGGAGAAGACAAUGGCCCAACUCCAUUCACAGGUGAAAGAAAUACAGGGUGUAAAGCAAAUGUCUAAAGAAAUUGGUAAACGUAUUGAGGGAAUCGAGAAGAACGUGGCCGAGCACGCUUUACAAUUGGAUGAGAUGAGUUCUCGUGGGAAGAAGGUAGAGGAAAGGAAUGCUGAGUUGCAUUCACAGCUGGUAAAAGAAACGAAUCAUCAACUAGAGAAGAUGGAUGGAGAAAUACGGGAUUUAAGAGAACUGAUGAAAGGAAUUUUUCAACGUACCGAGAAAGUGGAAAAGAAAGCAUUCGAUUUGCAAGAAAUGGGUACUCGCGUAGAAACGACAAUUGGUCAGUUCCAUUCACAGACGGAAGAAUUGCGAAGAUUUCUGGAGGAAAUGGUGAAGAAGGAAAUGCGAGAAGUAGCUGAUGAAGUCAAGAACCAAAGUGCAUUCCUCUCCACUCAUGAAGAAAACAUGGCCCUUCUUCGCCGUGGUCUUGGUAACCUUAAUGCAAUGUUUCAACAUCAUGUUAACCAAUUGAAUCGGCGAGUUGAUACCUUAUUCAUAAGUAAUGGUCCAGUUGUGCCCAAUAGGCUUGGAUAAGUCCUUGUGAAUGGCUAAUUAUUAGUGUACCUGCUUGGGAAUACGCUUGAGCAUCACACUAUUCUGCCCAAAAACUCUCGAAUUUUGCUCUGUAGUUGAAGAUUUACCUCAGUGAUAAUUUUAAAAAUUUGUUCACAGAACAUAUUUCAGAAAGUAUCAGUCACAUUUGCUUUGCAUUAGGCUUUCAACUGUUCCAAUAACUGUCUUGUAUAACAUUUCAGAGAGUCCCGUGUUCGGUGAUGAACAUUUUGAAUUGCACCUUCUGGUGAGAAAGCUCUGUCUUAAAUCAUAGUCACAACCAGGCUAAGCCUGUGUGAAAAACUGUUUGUUUUCUUUUAGCAAUUAUUAGAAUAAGAAAAGCUAAAUUACCGAAAGAAUUUGCAACAACAGAGAACCUUACAGUAAAGUAUUCAAAGUAAUCCGCGAUUUCGUUAGUUUUGAUUUCCUUCGCGCUAUGAUUGGUCAAGGGAACACGCAGCACACGACUCAAAACAAACGUACAGUGUAACAAAAAUACCGCAUUAUUUAGACUCGCUUGAUGCUAGUUAGCUUGCAUGAAAUGAUGUUUGAAAUUUUUUUAGACCGAGGUAGAUUCUAUAACGGAAGAAAAGUUUUGGUAGAGAUGAUAUCAUUUAUUCUCUUUUAGCUUUUGUAGAGUGCAACCAGGCUAACCUUAAAGGAAAUGGUGUUUUGUACAAUGAUUAUCAUUACUUGUAGCAAAUAGUUGACUUAAAUGCAAAUGCACACCAGUGUUAGAAUAUUUUUCAUUGUCCACUAGCAAAUUUCAAGUUUAUAUCAGUGAUACUCUUUUUUCAUAUGAAAACUCGAUAAAGGUGUCGCGGUGUGAUGUCUUUGAUAUCGAGGGGGAGAUGGGGCGUUGUGAAUACCGCAACAUCGCCACUAAAAUAAAAGAAAUACUGCAUCACCGCAAGAAAUAUUAUCAACUCGCCGACAUCGCGGUAUAAUCUAAGUCUCAGGAUUUACCUGGUCUGCUUUCACUCAUCUUUACCACGCACUGGUCUUUGGCUGGCGGACGGUGUGUAUAAUAAAGGUCCAUAGGUCAAGUAAAAUAUAAACGAACACAUCCUGAAGCCAAUCAGUUAAUCUUUAAUUACUUUAAUCUGUUAAUCUUUAAAAAAACAUCUUAAUAUUUAUAUAAGAUUAACCCGGAUGUAGUGCUAAUUUUGUUGGAUAUGUGCCGUCCUAAGAUAACCAUGGAGAACUAUUAUCAUAAAUUGCUUUGUGAAAUAAAGUUAAGCGUAAGAUU